AUGAAUAGCAAGAGCAACAUGGGAGUUUUACUAAUUUUUGUUCUUUUUGCUGCUUCAUACGGGCAUGGUAGCGAGGAAAGCAGCUGGGGGAAGAAGUACUUUGUACGUAUAGUGAACAAUCUCGAUGGCAAUCAAGAACUUACGUUCAAGUGCUUUUCUGAGGAUGAUAUUAUUGGUCCUCGUACUAUUCCUCCAAAUGAGCAAUUUGAAUUUGAAUUUCGUGAAACCCUCUUUACAUUUUUCCAGCGUUCUGCAUGGUACUCGAAUUACACCUGUGAUUUUCAGGCUUUUAAUCAGAAAGCCGUUGAUGCACACUGUGGUGGUGUUCAUUGCAUAUGGACUGCUCGACAAGAUGGAAUGUACUUGUUCAAUAUCCAAACACAAGAAUAUGUAAAGAAGUCUGAUUGGAGCAUGAGAUUAUGA